AUGAUAUUCAUCUUCAUUUACACGUCACACUUGUAUAGGACACAACGUGAUUGGUCGCAAAAAUCGCGUGCCAUAAGGAGUCAUGUUUUGAUUGGCUGUAGAAAUCACGUGACCGAAAUCCUAUCUUUUGAUUGGCUCUUCUCGAUCUUUGGGUUUUCGACGAAGGUUAUAAAAACUCGAAACUCUUGCACGCGAUCCUCAUUUCUCCCACGCAAUCAUGAGGAAGAAGAAGGUGAAAAUCAGGGUAAGCAAGUCGCAGAAGGCCGGUCUGAUCUUACCGGUCGCCGCAUCGAGCGCUACUUGAGGGCGGGGCAGUGGAACCCGCGGACGAGUCCUCUCUCGGCGGUGUACAUCUCGGCCACCCUGGAGCACAUCCUGCGGCGCAUCCUGGCCCAGUCCAUGGCGUGGGCCGACGCCAUGAAGCGCGUCCGCAUAACGCCGCUCUUCAUCGCGCUCGCCGUCAAGGCCGACCCCGACCUCAAUGAUCUACUCGGAAACACGAUGUUCAAGGACGGCCGCCCAGCAGAGUUCGUGGCCGUCUUUUAA